GUAGUAAAGUGAUCAGACGAAACAUAGUCUUGCGCAGUCUAGCUGCAUUCAGCCAGAUACUAGUAGAACCCGAAACAUUAUUUCGACAAGUACUCUUAUACUUCGGUUGCAGGUUUUCGCUAAAUACCAAGAAUUUUAUUGGAAUUUCAACUUCCGGUUUUACUUGCCGGUUUUACUUGCCAUUGCAACCAAAAAGCGAUCAAAGAAGAUGAUGAAUGUUGUAGAAAAAGCCACAGCACGUCACAGCUCCAAGAUGCCGGACACUUAAGUGUACGUAUGAUAUUUCUCGUGCUUAUAUUCGGCCGCCAAUUGAUUCUCUUGCGUCAAUUGUCCCUUGACUGUCUCCGCACUACUCUUUAAAAACUCGCAUUGUUGUUUGUUAUAUAAGUAAGAAAAAUAGAUGGCGCUGAUGCGCCUCAGUAUUUUGUUGUCUGUGACGUGCGAAACCGUGUCUAAAUAUUUGUUAACUGUUUUACGUUCCAAUUGAAAGUGAGUGAAAGUGAAAUAAAACCAAAUGAUGUGCUAUCUACUAGUAGGUUUUUUCAUUCUUUAGUGUGUUUUUUCCCUGAAACACAUAAACUGGAUUAUUUUUGUGUGGAACAAGUGAUCUUGUGAUCAGCUAUGACAGCUGACAAACCCAAAAUCUAUUACAUUUGCAUUCCAUCAUGCAAAUCUAUUACUCAUUGUGAGGAUGCUGAACGAGCAGAAAGUUUACAAAUGAUACAAAUCACAUGGGUUGGAAUACCAUCACCUCGUUCUGCUGCUCUUUAUCAAUUCAUCAUAUCCUGUCAGUACUGUAUUGACAAGUGCAACAUAUGUUGUGUUGCCAACUGGAUGGAUUGGAAUACCUCAUCUCGUUCAAUACUCUUUGCUUGCUCAUCUCAUCAGGUUAUCAUUUCUACUUUGCUAGCCGACACACGUCUUCGCCUCGCCCGUCGCCCCUUUUUUGUUUCGCCCGCCAACACAUGUCUUCGCCUCGCCCGUCGCCCCGUCUUCGCCUCGCCCGUCGCCCCGUCUUCGCCUCGCCCGUCGCCCCGUCUUCGCCUCGCCCGUCGCCCCGUCUUCGCCUCGCCCGUCGCCCCGUCUUCGCCUCGCCCGUCACCUCGUGGUCGCCCCGUCAUCGUCUCGUCUUUGUGGUAUCGUUGUAUUUUGUAGUGUGUAAUUGUGUAAUGUUAAUUAACCCGUUGGCUGCCACCCACUUUGAUCCCCUUUUUUUAAAAGCUUGUUAGGGUCCGGCAGCGCUGUUCUGCCCAAUGGUGUAUAUGCCAUGGGUGGGACAGUUGCACAAGCCGUGUGGCUCAAAGUCGAUCGUCGAGGCAAUGUACCAGUAGGGACUUCCCCUUUUUCGAUGCUUUGAUGGUUGCCUGGAGUGUACAUUCUCACAAAGGCUUCUGUCAUCGUGUCAGCCCGGAUUUGUCGUAGGACAAGUCCACCUUGGUCGCAAUCCAUUCGAUAGCGAUGUAGUUAGCGUAGAUUUAGUGGCGUGGCAGCCAACGGGUUAGUUUUAUGUAGUGUGUUUUGUAUUGUAUUGUAUUUAAAAUCUUGUGGUGGAUUUGUGGGUGGUUGGAGGGACAGUAAAGAAUUUUAUUUAUUUUUCAAAUUCAAAUUUAUUUCCGUUAAUAAAUAUGUACAUGAACCUAAUUUGGGAUCGAACGCUUGACCUCAGGAGCGUCAGUCCAAUGCCUUACCAUUCGUCCAACUUUGACAUAUUUAAAA